GUAAUAAAAUAACACAAUAAUUCGACAUUUUGACCACUUUCCGCAACUUGAAUUUCUGAUAACACCUGAUAUCAUCGUAAUUUAUUAAUUUUUAAUUCAAUUAAUUACAAUGUGAUAACAUCGUAAUCCUCAUUAAUUAUCAAUUAGUGUUACAUAAACUUCUGUUUCAUGAUGGAUUCCUAUGGAGAAGAUUUGACCCUUAUUGUGCAGCGAAUGGGAUCUUUACAUUUGAAAUGGAUGGAAUUGAACAAAACUUGCAAAAUGUUACAAGCAUCUCUUGCCAAAGCGAAUUCCAAAAACGAUGUGCUACAGAUGAAGUUGACUCAAUCCCGAGAAGAAACACAGAAAAUCAAGGAAGACAACAAAAGACUGGUUGUGAUCGUGAAAAAAUUAGAACGAAAGUUGAGAACUGGUUCUGUGCACAAUUUAAUUAAUGUAAUGAAGCAGGCAAUCCACAAAUAUGAUGAAAAAGUUUUACCCGGCGUCUCAGAACUUACAAAAAAUGUUACCGAUACUGACGAAGAGGCGAGUAUUUACAGUAGCGAUGAUGAAAGUGAUUCGUUGUCAUUCUCUCAGUCUCUCGAUACUAACGAAGUGUUGAGUAUUUCCAGUAGCGAUGAUGAAAGUGAUUCGUUGCCAUUCUCUCAGUGUCUGGCCAUGCACAACUAUUCCAAGUCACUUUCGUAUUCUACUGAUAAUCAUCCUUCAAAAUCUACUGAAAGCUAUCCCGAUUGUGUUGAUGUUUUGCGAUCAGUUCAAGAUACACGUUCGGAGGUUAUCAUUGCAUCGAAUAAUUGCUCUAGUGAAACAGUUUCGGAAAAUACUCCUGUAUCGGAAUCGACACUGAAUCCAGCACCUUUAGUAAAUAACGAUCAAUCGAAUGCUGGAAAUAUUCAAGAUGAUGAUGAAGCUAUUAUUGAUACUGGAUGUGAUUCUAGAAUCAGCUCUUCGUCUGUUAUAAUUUCAUCAACUAACGUGGAGAAACCGAAGGAGAGGUUGGUAUCUACACAAACACCGAACCCAGAUCAAUGUAUUUCUUCAACAUCAUCAUCACAAAAUAAUGUUUCUUCUACAUACGACGUAUUAGUACAAAAAUCAUCGAUACGUCUUCAGUCAGGUUUUGUCGUUGUAUGUAAUAUCGCAUCUUUAUGUGUCGAAGAACAAAAUGCUGAGGACAACGAGCCCUCUUCACUAUUACUAAACUCAUCGGACGGUACUUUUUAUAACGUAAAUGAUGAAUCUUCGUCGAAUCAUGGUAUAGAAAAUAUUGAAAUCCCCGAUCAAGAAAACAGCGAUGAGAAGCCAAACGAUACCGUACUACCAGUAAUGGUUGAGUCAACUGAUUCGAAAGAUGGUUAUGAUUCUUCGAGUGAAAUAGUCGAACUGCAACCGAGUGGAUCUGAAACGAACCAAGCGCAGAAAUUGAAACGUUCGUGUCCUUCUCCGUCAAAUUCUGAUGAAUCUGUCCCAAAACGUUCUACAAUUCAUCAUUCAUCACCAUCUGCGAAUUCAUCGAGUUUUAGACCCAUAAAAUGUUACAUUUGCGAGUAUGAAAAUCUAGAUGAUAGUAAAACAUACGCAACUCAUAUUUUACUUGACGAUCACAUCAUUGAAAAGCAUCCCUGUACAUUUCCACCAUAUAAACGCUGCCUGUUUAAUACUGAUCGAGGUCAAUGCAGGAGACACUUUCAUCCAAAACAAAAUUACCAUAAACAUGUAAAACGAGCGCAUUCUAACCAAGAUCUACAUUCAAAGUUAAAACAAAGACUGAUCAAGUGUAGGGAUUGUACUAAAGUGUUCCUGUUCGAAAGCGAUUUUAAAGACCAUCGUGCUCGGUUUCACAAUAAAAUCUCAAACAAGAAUAAGCGUAACUUCAGUUCUUUCGCUACAUUACGUAACGUGAGUCUAAAAAAAUCAGAAGUAUUUGUCCGUCCUGCGGCUCCUCAAAAAAUGACUAGAGAAUGCGAAGUUUGUAAGAAAGAUAAUCGUCCAUCAGCUCAGUACAGAUUAUAUGAUAAACUUGAUGCGCACAUUUUGAAAUGUCACUCUGAUCCAUUUCCUGAAUAUUAUCGAUGUCCCUAUUGUACCAGACAUUUCAGAAAUGUGAAAUGGUUAACUAGUCACAUAAUCAAGAAACAUCCCAACAAAUAUUCCAUAUCGCCGCUAGAAAAAUUCCUACCACCGGAAACGUCACUAGAAGAUCUUCAGCAAGCGACGAGUAAUGAAGCAGCUGAUGAGCGAAGACCAACGACACCAGAGCCGAAGGUAAAAGGGUGCGCUUUGAGAAUACUUUCGCCGUCUACGAUUAAUAGUGCAAUUUCCGCUGUAGUUAAAUCUUUGAUACCGCCAAGCCAAUGAUUCAACUCUACUUAUUUUUUAGCCGGAAAUUUUAGCCACUCUUGUAUGAAAAGUGAUUUUUAGUUUAAUUUGUUACGUUCAUGACGAUUAUUACCAUAGUAUUAUUAUUAUUAUUUUUAAAGUUCCUUUAAUAUCAUAUGAUUAAUAUAUUCGUAUGUACCUAGUUAUUUGACAUGUUCACGAUUGCGUGAUAAUUUUUGAAUUCAUGUUUGUUUUCAUUUUCAGUAAUGAAAUUUAUUCUUUUUAUACCUAUUGCUAAUUUUAUUUCAGAACAAUUUAAAGAACUAAAGUAUUUUAGAGAUUCUUAUUUGUGAGUUUAUAUUUUUUAAUUUCUACAAAUAAAUCGUAAAAAUUUCAUUUAA